AAAUUGUGUAACACGUGUGACAUUUAGCGAAUGUUGUGUAAGUGAAAAACCACUUGUAGAACAUGUUUUUCAUAUAUGUAUUAAACCAGUAACGUAUAUUUAAUUUACCAUACCCUCGUUGAUAAUUAAUUCCUCACUUAUCAUUAUUUUAAUUAUCCAAGUGACUUAAAUGAUUUGACAGGACAUUUACUGAAAAAUUCUUAUCAAUAAUAAUAGAGUAAAUUUUUUUCUUUGCAUAACGAUAACUAAAAAUAUAUAUGUAAAUAACUUAACAAAUGUCACUAAAAAUUACGCGUGUGUCAAAACCUUCAUUGAUGUGGGGGAAAUUUAACAAGUGGCUGUUCCAGUCUCUCAAUAACUUUGCGCACAUACAAGUCAUUUGGAUCACAUCAUAUACAUAUUGUUUUUUUUUACCAUUUAUUAACUAAUAAAUAAACAAUUUUUCAAUCAUCAACCAGACAAUUUUAUUGGCGACAAUCAAUUAUUAUUAUUAUUAAGAAAACGUUGGUAAAGAGGCAAUAAUAAGAGUAACAGACUGGUUAAGAGGAAUCUGGGAGAUGAGAAGGAACGGCGGACCAGUGCAGCAAUGGGUUGACUCCAUUCCAUCUCCGACAAAAUCUUCAAUUGACAUCCACGUUGAGUCUCAUGAAAGUUCAUCGUCAUUAGUACCUGAGGACCAUCACUUUAAAAAAGUGUCAUCACUUAAAAAUCCAAUCAUGACUUUAUCAGCACCAAGCUCACCAGCAAUUACAAUGUCAGGCAUUCCAAGAUUAGUACGAGAUCCAAGUCUACAAUCUGACAGCAGCCACUGUAGCAGCGUGGAAAGUCUUCUGGAGUUACGUAAACCGGAUCCGGAAGCUAUUCUUCUGGGUCUAGGAUUCGGUGGUUGUUACAAUAAUGCCCAACCUGAUGGACCACUUUCGCGAAUCCCAAAAAGAUUUUUGCAGCCUUCUAAGCUCCGGGGUAUUGUUAUAGAUGACUUCGUAAGACAGCAGCAAGAGACCAAUGAGUCAAUCGAUACUGCAUCGUUGGGAUACCGCGGACUCACUGGAUCACCAUAUGUAGCGCCAUCAGAAAUAGUUCAAAAAAUCAUGGAGCGUUUACGGGAACACGAGAGUCAUGAAUUGGACCUACAAACAAGUUACAAUAAUAAUAGCAACAAUCAAAAUAAUGAUAGCAAUGCAGAGUCAUACAAUUCUCAUGCAAUGCCGGAAGUUCGACUCUCUGUACUGUCACCCAACAAUAGACAAUUUCUUAAUAGAGAACGUUCACGAAGUCCUGACAUGCGAAACAAACGUAUGAUCAUAGGACAAAAAUCAUUUGCUUUUAAUGGAGACGGUGAACUUAUAGAAAUAAUAAAACCUGAUAAUCACCAGGAUUGUGUACCAAGUGACAACUCGACUGACUCUAAAACUGACAUAAAAAAUUCCUAUAGAUCAAGCUCAAUUACUGAUAAUAAAGAAUUUAUUUGUCAGACACAUGAUAAUAAAUCAUCAGAAAAAUUAAAAAGAAAAAUAAUAAAACAAAAAUUUAUUGAUGAUACUUUUGAUUCAUUAUCUGGAUCGGGUCUAAGUACAAUUGAAUCUAAAUCAACCGCAGAUGAUUUAAAUUCAAGUAGUAAUAUAAAUAUAUCAGUAAAAAAUAGUGGAAGGAAUUGUAGUUUAAAUUCAAGACAAUCACGUAAACUUACACGGGAUAAUAGACAUCAACAAGAAUGUGAUGUGACGUCAAAUAGCUUUCGAAGAGCCAGUGAUGGUUCGCAUUAUUUUGAUGAUAAACAUUCAAGCCACAGUAGCGAGGAAGGUCGGCGGUUCAGUGACGGAGUUAUAAAACAGGCUUCUGAUAGAAGACGGAGUUUUCGUCGUCAAGCAAGAAUUAAUGACGUCGAAGCUGCGUCUUAUGAGAAUGAAAUCGAUGUUCCAGUUGACCAAGAAAGUAUAAAAUUACCAUCUAUAACUAUCAGUUCGAGUGAACGUUUAGAGCCAGAGCUUAAGUCUGACACUUGUAAUUCAGAACGUAGUGAGCUUUGCUGUACAAGUGACCAGUCGGAACAAUUAUGUAGACAUGAUGCUGAUUCUCCAGGCUGCUGUUAUCAUGCCAGCAGCACUAGUUGUUGGAGAAAAAUGCGGAAAAUAAUGAAGAAAAAUCAAAAACUGGAGAACAUGGUUGCCAAAAAUAGACAAGAAAUGGCUGAGAUUCGAGGGAUGCUCAGCAACGUCUUAUCUGUGAGAAUGGAACCUGGAUUUUGAUUGCUCAGAUAAUCAAAAAAAAUAAUUAUUUAAUCAAGUGCCAAGAGUUCUUAAUUAUAGCGCCAAUUUAAUUUUUUAAGUAUCUAUAUACGUAAUUAGUUAAAUUUGAAGCCUAAAUACAUAAUUAAUUAAACAAAGACCUCAUUUGCCUUAAAUAUUUUGGCUGUUUAUAAGUAAUCUUGUUACUUUAUACAAAGUUUACUUACAAUCACGUAAUUGUUUUAAAUAAACUCGUUAUCGUCUGGUUAAAGAAACUGAUAUCAGUAAAUUAAGGAGGUUCGACCGACACUAGUAAUUCAUUACUUUAAUUUAUAAUAACAUAACGAAUUCAUAAAUUAAUAUUUAUUACUUAUUUGAUUAAAGAAAGUAAUUAAAUGACUUGGUUAUUUUUGACUACAUAGAUAAAGUACUUCUUUACAUGUACACUAAGUUUCAAAUCUUAAAGUUGGAAAAUCCUUCCUACCUUACAUUCAGUCGAACCUCCUUAACAAGAGAAAAGUUUGAUAAUAAAAUGGAAAGAAAAAAUUAAGUGAUAGUCUUCCAAUAAUUAAAAAGUAGUUUCUUUGAUUCCAUUUGUUUUUAUUUUUUGUUAUCAGACAGAAAAUUAAAAUAGUGCCUAAAAAAAAAAAAAAAAAAAAAAAAAAAGAAAUGAUUGAAUAUAUUUAUUUUAUUAGAAAUUCAAAAAUAUUUUUUAGGAAAUUUAAUAAUAGAAAAAAAAAAUAUGAUACUGACAUUAGCCGACGUCUGAUAAUUUUUGGAUUUUUUUAAAAAUGAUUAAUAAAAAAAAAAAUUUCAGAUAAUCGCACAUGCAGUUUUUAAAAUUUUCUACAUGUGUAUAUUCUUAGUU